AAAAGAAAAAAAAAAACAACUCAAAGCACUCACACACCCUCGUGCGAAAGAUUAGAUCAAAACAUUGACUAUUGACUAAACGCACAGACGCCGCCGUUAAAGCAAACAAUCCAUUCAGUAAGUUUCCAUUAGUGGACUGGACAUACAUCUGAACAACACCUGCAACACACCAAUUAGUUUGACUUGCAAAAAAAUCGAUCCGGAAAGUUACCGCAAUCCUAUAGCACAAUGGCAGAAAACAAAGAUUUAGUGUUUCGUAAAGCUGAGAAAAAAGAUCUUAAAGUUGUUAUGGAAAUGAUACAGGAAUUGGCCGAUUUCGAAAAUAUGAGUGAUGGACCCGAACUGACGGAACAAGAUCUUGCCAGAGAUUCCGGUCUAGAUGGAGGACAAGAAUGCUGUCACAUUUAUGUAUUGGAUUUAAAGGAAAGCGAUAAAGUUACAACAAUUGGUUAUGCCAUUUGCUUCUUUGCUUAUUCCACAUGGAAAGGUAGAUUCUAUUUCCUCGAAGAUAUUUAUGUUAAACCCGCCUAUCGAGGUAUUGGAGCUGGUGCGCGUAUUUUCCGAGAAGUGGCCAAUAAGGCCAAGGAAUUUAACUGCAAAAGAGUAGAUUUUCAUGUUCUAUCAUGGAAUCCUGCUUCGAAAUUCUAUCGAAAAUUGGGAGCAUCCGAUCUGACGGAAAUUGAACAGUGGCAUCUUUACCGUUUGCACGAAGAACAAUUGGAUACCCUGUCAAAGGAGUUGGAAAACAAAUAAUAUUUUUUUUUUAAUUUAUUUUUUAUUUUUGCUUUUGGUUAC